AGAUGGAUGACUUUUUCAAGAUGACUGGAUCAGGAAAAACGACACAAAUACCUCAAUUCGUCGCGUACUCAGAUCUACCGCAUACAAAAGGCAAACUCGUAGCAUGUACCCAACCUCGUCGUGUUGCAGCGAUGUCAGUAGCAAAACGGGUGGCGGAUGAAAUGGAUGUCCAGCUUGGUCGACACGUCGGUUAUUCAAUUCGAUUCGAAGACAUGACAGAGCCUGGUACAACUUUCCUCAAAUACAUGACCGACGGCAUGCUUCUCCGGGAAGCAAUGAACGAUCCCAAUCUCGAGCGAUAUUCCACUAUCAUCUUAGAUGAAGCGCACGAGCGGACGCUUGCCACUGACAUCCUCAUGGGUCUCCUGAAAGACCUCGCAAACGCCGUACCCGGCCGUACACAUCCUGUAGAGGUGUUCUACACUCAAGAACCCGAGCCCGAUUACGUGGAAGCUGCUAUCCGAACUGUCCUUAUGAUCCAUCGAGCCGAAGACCCUGGUGACAUCUUACUCUUCCUCACCGGUGAAGAGGAAAUAGAGGAUGCGUGCCGAAAAAUCAAGCUUGAAGCGGACGAUCUGGUAAACCAGGACCCAGACUCCGUCGGCCCUCUAGUUUGUAUACCUCUCUAUUCUUCCCUACCCCCUCAACAGCAACAGCGCAUCUUCGACCCUGCACCUACUCCUCGAACACCCGACGGUCCCCCAGGCCGAAAGGUCGUUGUCUCCACCAAUAUUGCUGAGACGUCCUUGACAAUAGAUGGAAUCGUUUACGUCGUUGAUCCUGGCUUCUCCAAACAGAAAGUCUACAAUCCCCGGAUACGAGUUGAAAGUCUACUCGUAAGCCCUAUAUCUAAGGCCUCCGCCCAGCAAAGAGCGGGUCGUGCGGGUCGUACGAGGCCAGGGAAGUGCUUCCGGCUUUAUACGGAGAAGGACUUCAUGAACGAGCUCGAAGAGCAAACCCAUCCAGAGAUUUUGAGGUGUAAUUUGAGUAAUACUGUCCUGGAGCUUGUCAAAUUGGGCAUCAAGGAUCUCGUACGGUUUGACUACGUUGAUGCUCCGGCUCCCGAGACGCUGAUGCGAGCUUUGGAGUUACUGAACUUCCUCUCUGCGUUGGAUGAUGACGGUAACCUAACGUCCUUGGGUAGUGUGAUGGCAGAGUUCCCGCUCGAUCCUCAGAUCUUGCAAAAAAUGCUUAUCGUCAGCCCAGAAUUCAAGUGCAGCAACGAAAUCCUCACCAUCACCGCUAUGCUUUCCGUACCGAACGUGUGGAUACGACCGCCAAAUGCACGUAACCAAGCCGAUGCAGCAAAAGCCUUACUCACUGUCCCCGAUGGCGAUCAUCUUACCAUGUUGAAUGUCUAUAAUCAAUAUGUUCAAAAUAAGUAUGAGAAGACCUGGCUGUACAACCACUUCCUCUCCGCUCGAGCUCUCGCGCAGGCGGACAACGUCCGUGCCCAGUUAGAGCGAACCAUGGCCAAAUACGAAGUGGAACUGCUUUCACUCUCGGACGAGAAGAAACUAUACCAGAACAUUCGCCAAGUACUUGUUUGUGGGUUCUUCAUGCAAGUGGCGCAUAAAGAGGGAGAAAAGGGAAAUUAUCUCACGGUGAAGGACAAUCAGGUCGUGGCACUUCACCCGUCCUGUGGCCUUGACACUCAACCAGAAUGGGUCAUCUUCAACGAAUUUGUGUUGACGAAGAGACCUUACAUUCGUACGGUAUCCGAGGUUCGCCCUGAAUGGCUAUUAGAGUUUGCGACGAACUACUUUGACCUAUCAACAUUUACCGACGGCGAGACUAAGCGGGCGUUGCAACGAGUGGUGAAUAAGAAAGCAGGCAAGAGAAACGAAGAAGCGCAAAAAGAAUUGAUUACUGUCUUCAGUUGAUG